GACCGGGGGAGCGCCGCGUCCCGAACCCGCCGGGCCACGCCUGCCCGGGCAAGCUGGGAACCGGCACCGGCACCGGGACCCGCACCGGCACCGGGGGCAGGUGCAUCCCCCCAACUCAGGAGGUCCCCCAACCCGUCCCCAUGGAGUGAGCCCACCCGGGGGUCUCUGCAGCGGCGCGGCCCCCCCGGCAGCCAGCCCGGCCGGGAGCCGCCAGGAUGAGCGACUUCUGGCACAAACUGGGCUGCUGUGUCGUGGAGAAACCACAACCCAAGAAGAGGAGGAGACGGAUCGACCGCUCCAUGAUCGGGGAACCCAUGAACUUCGUCCACCUGACGCACAUCGGCUCCGGAGACAUGGCCGCGGGGGAAGGGCUGCCCAUGACGGGUGCUGUGCAGGAGAUGAGGUCCAAGGGUGGACGGGAGCGACAGUGGAGCAACUCCCGGGUCUUGUAGCCUGUGAGUACCCCUGGGAGCAACACCCGUGGCACCACCACCCCCACCCAGCCAGCACUCGGGCGGCUCCGUCACGCGGCCUCUCGGACUUUGCGGAUUCCUGGCUUUUUCAGCCCAAAACUCGAACUGCCUCGAACCCCCCCAAGCCGGAGGAGCAGCCGAGCGCUUGAACCCCGUGGUGAUUCGACCCUCGCUGCCUCUGGGCCCUCCGUGCCCCCAGAGACCCCCCCUUCCCUGGGUGGGGGGCACGGGGCUGGCAGCCCCCCCGGGAUCCCAUCCCAAGGGACGCUCCAGGAGCUGCCGGGCUCCACCUGGAUGUGCCAAAUCCUCCUGGUUUUCCCUUUUUUUAUCCACGCCAGCAUCUCCCGGGGGUCCCUCGCCGUGUGCCUUGGAUUUUCCCUGGCAGGGAGGGGAGGUUGGUGAAGGGGGAGGGGGGGGUCCCGGGGCAGAGGUUGAUUUGGUGCCUUCCCGGAAAAGGGUGAAAAAUGAGCAAAACUGGGAUGAAACCCCCACACUUCGGUGCAAAAACGGGGAUUCAACCCCCGACCCUCCAGUCUCUCAGCAGGGGCAGUGCCAAACCUCCUGCUGGCAAACCCACCGCCUGCCUUCUUUUUUUUUUUAGGGUUUUUUGUUUGUUUGUUUGUCCAAAAGCCAACUCCAGGCAACCUUCCCCACCUGGGAGGGGGUCACCCUCUCUGCUGGCAUCACCACUCGGGUGGGGGUUUCACCGGCACCGGACGAGGCAGGACGGGGCCCGACCCGAGGAGGGAAUUGGGGCUCCUGAAUUUCGGGUGUAUAUAGUUUUUUUUAAAUAGCACCAAGAUUAAAUAUUAAAAAAGGAGGUGCCAGGCAUCAGGGCCAGGUGGGAGAA